UUCUUUCAGAAUCGAUCUCCUACAGUCACUCUUUAGACUACACUAUCGUUAAUAAAAUCCACCGUCUCUACCACGACUCGAAUCGAAUCGAACCAACCUUUCAUACCCACCAACACUCCUACUUCAACCGCUAAUAUGCUCGGACGUACCGUUUUCGCCGCGACUUUCUUUGCGCUCGCUCAAUUCGCCAUGGCCAGCCCCCCUGGCUGCCUCCUCGGCGCUGUCAACCAAUAUGAAGACCCAUCUGACAUCAAGGCCGUCUGCAAGGCCAAGGACCUGAGCGAGAAGGUAGCGGAAAUCUGCGGUGACGAUGCUAAGGACGCUAUGGCUGCGAUCGCGGAAAUUUGCAACGACGCGGACGUCGACGUUUCAACUGCUAUCUCUGCUUCUGGCUCAAAGACUGCUACUGGUUCCUCUCACAAGCCCACCGGCACCUCGGGCUCUACCCUCGUCUCUCUCUACCCUACCGGCUCGAGCGGACACGGAAACGGAAACGGCACUGUUCCUGUUGCCUCUGGCGGACCUAAGCCCACGGCUGGCACUGCGACUGGCUCUUCUGGUCUACCAGAGGCCACUGGUGCCGCUGGCAAGGUCGAGUUCGGCCUUGCCGCUGUUGUUGCCGGACUGAUGGUCGCUGCUUUGUAAAUCGGAUAGGGAUAGCCAAAUACACCAAAAGAUAGUUGGGCAAUGGUGGUGAGAUGUUGCAUAGAUGAGAUACAUGUGGCUGUAGAUUGCAUUUGGGUGUUUGUAGGCGUAAUUGCAUAGACUUCAAGAACACUACUACCUUCCAUUCCGUCCUCAGUCGAUCUGCGAUGCUCUGCUCCUACUGUAGAGCUUGCCCUCAACGCCAGAUAUAUCAGCAAACUAUUCAGUCACCGUUACUAUGAGUAUUUCAACAAGAAGGGGCCAGCUCAUGUUCGCGGUUCUGCGAACCUAGCGGCAAAGUCAACAUUGAAGCACUACAUGGGCAGAUCCCCUUACAAUUUACCCCGAAAGCGCCGAAUUUAAUGAGGAUUCUAGACCACAGUGAACGACGAAGCGAUAUGUGCCUUUGGACGUCAUCCACGUAAAGAAGUCGGUACUUAAGUACUUAGGCAAUUCAGCCAUAAGAUACCUUCGAC